GAACAGAUUCAGGAGGUAUCGCCCACGGUACCCCGCAACGUUUGCAAUAUAUUUUUAUCUCGGUGUAACUGGGUGUGCUUUUCAACAAUGUCGAAACAUGUGAUUUCAAAAGACAAAACUUUUUGAUAAACGAUAUUUGCGAAAUGCUAAUAAUGCUGACUACAAUGUUGUAAUGAGUUUGUGACUGUUCAUUGAACCAUUGACUUUAACGGAAAAGCUUGACAUAAGAGCAAAGUUGCAGAAAGAAGUCAACGAUGCCUUUAGGACACAGGAAUCUAAAACAUCUUUCUGGUUUACUCAAAAGGAACCUACAAAAAACAAGAACCGAUUAAAACGUGCCAAUCUUACCUCCUAAAUGCUGUGAUAAUAAAUUUAGAUUUCAUUAUGGAUCCGAUAAGUGUUAGCUGCUUAACAUUAAAUGGCGAAGAGAACGCAAAAGCCAUAGAAGCUGAACAAAAACGGGAUGCGAAAUUUGAACAAGUUAUUGGUAGUUGUAAAUCACUUAGUAGAUAUGAAGGAAAAACAUUUAAAACCGUAUUACCGCAGGUAACCGCUACACUUAUGGCUGUAUCUUUACAUGUUGCAGUAGGACUAUCUAUGUCAUUUUCUGGUAUUUUGAUACCUGCGUUGGAUAAAGUUCGUCUAAAUGGGACAGACGACGAUGGAAAUCUUUAUGCAACCGAAGCGGAAUCUGCAUGGAUAGCUAGCCUAGUAGUCAUUGCUGUUCCCUUCGGUUCCAUGACAUCAGGAUUUUUAGCAGAUAUUUGGGGCAGAUUGUGGACAGUAAAAGUUUCUGUUAUACCUUUUGUGUUAGGUUGGUGUCUAAUAGCAACUGCGCAGAGUAUUCCACAAAUUUUGAUUGGAAGGUUUUUAACGGGAUUUGCUACACCUUGGUCUAGUAUUCCAGCUACAGUUUAUGUAUCUGAAAUUGCUAGAGCUGACAUGAGGGGAUCCUUAAUUGUAACAGCACCUACUCUAACAUCUGCUGGUAUGCUCAUUCUUUACUUAAAGGGUUGGUUUUUGCAUUGGAGAACUGUGGCUUGGUUAUGUAAUGCCUACGUUUUACUACCGGUGCUGUUGGUUUUCUUGAUACCGGAAAGCCCGCCAUGGUUAAUCUCAAAAGGAAGAAUCGAUGAGGCAGCUAAAAGUUUACGAUGGUUCAAUAGAUAUCAACCUCAACCGGAUAAUAGGAACGAAUCAAUGGCGGAAUUACAAUUGCAAGCUCUUCAAGCUGAGCAUCAGAAACAGUUAGAAAGUCAAGCAACUAAUUUAGGAUUACUGGGAGUAAUUAAAGAAUUUAUGAAACCAACCGCAUACAAACCUCUUAUCUUGCUUACUGGUCUUUUUGUUUUUCAAAUGUUCUCCGGAAUCUACAUCACAUUGUUUUACUCUGUAACCUUUUUUGAAGCAGUCGGUACCAAAGUUAACCCUUAUUUAGCAUCAACAUUAAUUUGUCUAAUUCGAAUGAUAAUGGCGUUUUCGAAUUCCUAUUUACUUAAGACAUUCAAGAGACGCACACUUUUGAUGAUGAGUGGAUUUGGUAUGUCUAUAUGUAUGGUUUUUUCCGGACUUUCAACAUAUUGGAUUAAAACUGGUACUUCUAAUCAAACGUUUUUACCAGUUGUGUUCAUGUUACUUUACAUCUUCACAUCGAUAGGCAUGCUUUGCAUUCCUUGGACAAUGAUGUGUGAGCUAUUCCCUCUUGAAAUUCGUGGCGUAGCGAACAGUCUUGCUUACAGUAUCGGCAACUUGAUCAUAUUUGCUUCUGUUCAAAGUUUUUAUGGAUUGCUUUCAAUUUUCCAAGGAUACGCAGGCAUUCAAUGGUUCUUCGCAGUUAUUUCCAUUCUUGGCAGCAUAUACGCUUACAUAUUUCUACCAGAAACUCACAAUAAGAAGUUAACAGAAAUUUCCGCUUAUUUUGAAGAUAAUUUCAUUUAUAUUUUAUCGAAAAACAAAAAACCAAAACAAAAGAAAUAUUCUACCAAGAAUAGAUUUGGUAAAAAAACUAUUGUAAAAACCGUUGAAAAUGGUCAAGAUGAAAAGUUACUUCAAUUGUAGAAAAAAAUAUAACUUAUUCUUUUCCAAUAGUAUCUCGUAAUAGAAGCAAUAAGUAUAUCGUUUGCUCAAAUAAAAAUAUCACACUAUUUAGUGAACUUUUUCUGUGAAUUACGUUUCAAUAUUUAUUUAUUUAUGAAAAUUUCCAAGAAAUAAUAUAUACUCAUAACAAUAUACAGCAAUGUGGACAGUGAUCUUUUUUAAUAGUUUCACAUACUCCCUUUAUGUUCACACAUUUUUCAGAACGCUUUAUUAAGGGCAGGUUUCUUCAUGUUCUAAUAAAGUGCCAAAUAAUUAAUAGCCACAUAAUUUUAGUAGGAACUGUUAAUUGUCGAAUAAAUGUUUACCGUUUCUUCACUCUAAUUGGUUUAACUUAACUAAUAAGUAUUUGUCACUUUAUUAUGUAUUUAACACAUAGUCUACUGUUGGUAACACUAUAAAAGAUGCCUAUAUAGCAAUCGUCCAUCUAUUGAAUAAGGAAAAAAAUAAGAGAACAAACAUUCUUCUAUUGACGGUUUCCUAUGAUUUUUGUUUGUGACAACGAUCAGUGCGUAAUUAUAUUUGUACAUGUUUUGUUAAGGUUAAUGCUGAAGUAGUCGCUAGUUGGAGAAAUAUGUGUUGGUCUGAAAAUUAUAGUUUAUAUUGAAAAUAAUUGAUAUGAAAGGAAAAAAAGGUUUAAAAAAUUUCAUCAUCGGACAAAAAAUUGUAAUGAUCAAUUUUAUGACGAACGGAAUAAGCUUGUUCUGAAAUUUUCUGUAUUUCCUCAAUCAAUUUUUCAUCAAACAAUUCUUCUAAAUCUUGAAAAGCAUCCAUAUUAAAUAUUUAAUUAUUUGUAUGACGAAUAUUUCCAAAAAUGAACUAAAUAUAGGUAUAAUGAACAGACAAGCCACUUUUGAUGUAUUUUAAAGGUUAAAUUUCUACUAAACUCUUUAAUUGACACUUAUGACUGCCCAAUAACUUAUUUGGCAAAUAACUCGAUUUAAUCGGAGGUUUACUUUAUCAGAAGGUGAAGACACCGAAUUUUUGGUUAUUCGGUAAAUAAUAGUUAGUAGGAAGUCAAGAAAUCCGACCUAAAGCUUAUAAAAAUAUGAUGCAUCUAUAGAGUCAACUUGUUCGUACUCCGCCUAUUUAAUUCCAUCGCUGUUAAAUCCUUAAUCCAAUGGUUUCCAACCUUUUUGUACCUGCGCCCCCGUUUAAAAAAAUGUUGCGCUCCCUCAAUUUUUCUAUCCAUCUAAUUUCAUAAAUAUUCAACUGAUGUUAUAAGUUAUUUAAAGGGCUACAAAAUAAUAUACAAUAUUAUGUAAAAAUAUACAUACAAAAUUAUUAUUUAUUAUGUAAAAAUAUACAUACAAAAUUAUUAUUUGUUAUAAGGAAUAAUCUCACAAAAAUACAAAAAAAAAGAAUAUAUAAUUAAUACAACAUUUAAUGCGACGGGGUUUUUUCAGCACAAAUUUUCUCAAAUCGUGGUAUCAUUGAGAAAAUCGCGGUUCUCAGUUCCCUUUUCAGUCACUAAGUGAGAUCGAUACUUUGUUUUUAAAACAGCGACUGGAGAAAAACCAGUUUCACAUAGGUAAGAUGUUACUAAUGGCCAUAAAAUUUCUAAAGUUUUGUUUGUCAAAGUGGGAAAAUCGUUCUUUACUCGUAGCCAAAACGUAGUAAUAUUAUUUUCGUCUUGUAACAUCUGCUUUAAUGUGCUAUCACUAAAUAAGUCGAUUAUCAUUUCCUGCAUUGCAGUCGUAAGGCCAAAAUCAUCAUAUGCUUCAAUCACAAACGGGUUUAUAAUCCAUUCGUAUUUCGACCUGUCAAGAUCUUUAAAGUAAUAUGAGAGUUGUUUCCACUGGUCAAACGAUUAUUAAUAAGAACUUUACUUUCUUCUAUUUUAUCAGCAAGAUAAGUAAUUUUGAAAGUGGGAAACAUGUCACGUUAUUAUUUUAUUUAUCCACAGUUCCAAUUUUCUCAUAAAUACAGUAAUCUUGUCUUUCUGCGUUACUAAAUACAAAAGUUUUCCAAGGAAUUUCGUGUCAUAAAACAAAUUUGCUCCAUCUAUAUUAUUAUCAGAAAGAAAGCGAGAUGUUUUCGUUCCAGCAUGAGCACGGAUUGAUGUUUUAGCAUUUGUACCUAUUUUGCUGUUUCUUUUUUUUGACACGUAUUCGGCUUUUUUGCUUUGUAUUCGAAAAUGAUAUUUUGGAAACAGCUGCAUUCCCUCCUUUCAAUAGUUUCGUGUCCCUAGGGGAACGCGCUCCACAGGUUUGAAACCACUGCCUUAACCCCUCAAAUCUAUCUUCAGCUUUGCAAACAAAAAAUAGUCGGACAGGGCCAGGUCAAGGCUAUAUGGUGGAUGUUCAAUCUCUGUGAAGCCACAUUCGCGUACACUAGUCUUGGUAAGCGAAGCAGUCUGGAAACUACGACUUAUUUUGCCGCGCCUUUUUGCGAUAAUUUUUUGACGCAAAUACCUUAGUACGUCAGAGUAAUGUACUGCGUUCACGGUUGUAUUUGAUUCCUUGAAGUCAAUCAAAAAGAUAACCUCGCAGCCCCAAAAUAUUAUAGCCGUCACUAUUUUGGCGAUUUUGUCCCCUAUAGAUAAUUGUAUAAUGUAUACUUUAAUAGACUAUAGAAACAGACGACCUAUUCUGAAAAAAUUGAUGCCCAGAAAUGGACUGAACUCAUCAAAAGUAGUAAAAGUAAAGAAAGUUAAAUAUUUUUUACUGAAAAUUUGAACUGACGUAGAUUCAGCCUCGAAGCUUUGGAAAUCGAUAAUGCCAGCUGACAGAUUCACCAAAGAGAUAAAGUUAGAAUUAAAAUGGUUAAUACAAAUAUACUGAAAUCUGAAUGGUAAUUUUGAGAAGAGUUGUGGACAAUUCUGGUAUCUAUACUCUUACAAAGGAUAUUUUAAUGGUAAUUGUAUAAAAGACUUGCUCAGAGAUAUAUAAAAGUUUUGUGACCUAUCUGAAAAUUGCUUGAACUAUUAAACAGUGAUACUAUGUUCAGAAUAAAAUGUUACAAGGAAAUUGGACGUGAAAUUUAGCUGAAAGAUAUAGCUCAAAAGCGAUUAAACGAAUAUUAACUCGAAAAUUUCAAAUAAUGAUUAUGAUUACAAUCAUUCUUAUUCUUAAGGUUGUUAAUGUUGUAAACAUGCCAUUGAUGCCUAAUUUCUUGACGAUUCAAAUAAACAAAAAUGUAAAAUGACUUCUAUAUCAUUAUACUUUAUGCCUGGAAAUAUUAAAACCCUUUAACCAGACCUCCCAGAUGGUUCCUCCAACAUCCAGAAUUAACUCCCUCCAUGAGUAUAUAAAUGAAUCGAUGUAAUCAUUCGAGGAAAUUUACAGAAAUUGCAGAUAUCUGAUAAAAAUUAUAUUACAAGGGAAGAAUUUUAAUAUGUGAAUUAUUUGGAAGGACUAAUAUAAUUAUUUGAAAAAUAAUGAAUGCAUUUGUGUGAUAUUUUUUGAAUGUAUAUAACUAUUUAUUUUUAUAGGUUUGCAGUGUUUUGUAAAAUAUUGAUGAAAUAAAUAUAUUUCUUA